GGCCCCCGACGAGAUUCACUGCGCUUGCGCUGACAGACGCAAGAUGGCGGACAGUGCGGAACUAAAGCAAAUGGUUAUGAGCCUUAGAGUUUCUGAACUCCAAGUACUGUUGGGCUACGCCGGGAGAAACAAGCACGGACGCAAACACGAACUUCUCACAAAAGCCCUGCAUUUGCUAAAGGCUGGCUGCAGUCCUGCUGUGCAAAUGAAAAUUAAAGAACUCUAUAGGCGGAGGUUCCCCCAGAAAAUCAUGACGCCUGCGGACUUGUCCAUCCCCAGCGUACAUUCAAGUCCUAUGCCAGCAACUUUGUCUCCAUCUACCAUUCCACAGCUCACUUAUGAUGGUCACCCUGCAUCAUCACCGUUACUCCCUGUUUCUCUUUUGGGACCUAAACAUGAACUGGAACUCCCACAUCUUACAUCAGCUCUUCACCCAGUCCAUCCGGAUAUAAAACUUCAAAAAUUACCAUUUUAUGAUUUACUGGAUGAACUGAUAAAACCCACCAGUCUAGCAUCAGACAACAGUCAGCGCUUUCGAGAAACCUGUUUUGCAUUUGCCUUGACACCACAACAAGUGCAGCAAAUCAGUAGUUCCAUGGAUAUUUCUGGGACCAAAUGUGACUUCACAGUGCAGGUCCAGUUAAGAUUCCAUGUGACACAUCUCUUCAUAGUUUUGCAAAGACAAAAGGAAAAUUUUCCAAGAUGGUUUUGUUUAUCAGAAACCAGUUGUCCACAAGAAGAUCACUUCCCACCCAAUCUUUGUGUGAAAGUGAAUACAAAACCUUGCAGCCUUCCAGGUUAUCUUCCACCUACUAAAAAUGGUGUGGAACCAAAGCGACCCAGCCGACCAAUUAAUAUCACCUCACUUGUCCGAUUGUCCACAACUGUACCAAACACCAUUGUUGUUUCAUGGACUGCAGAAAUUGGGAGAAACUAUUCCAUGGCAGUAUAUCUUGUAAAACAAUUGUCCUCAACAGUUCUUCUUCAGAGGUUACGAGCAAAGGGAAUAAGGAAUCCGGAUCAUUCUAGAGCUUUAAUUAAAGAGAAAUUGACUGCGGAUCCAGACAGUGAAAUAGCUACAACCAGCCUGAGGGUUUCUCUACUAUGUCCACUUGGGAAAAUGCGGCUGACAAUUCCAUGUCGGGCCCUUACAUGUUCUCAUCUGCAGUGUUUUGAUGCAACUCUUUAUAUUCAGAUGAAUGAGAAAAAACCAACCUGGGUUUGUCCUGUCUGUGAUAAGAAAGCUCCAUAUGAACACCUUAUUAUUGAUGGCUUGUUUAUGGAAAUCCUAAAGUACUGUACAGAUUGUGAUGAAAUACAGUUUAAGGAGGAUGGCUCUUGGGCACCUAUGAGAUCAAAAAAGGAAGUACAGGAAGUCUCUGCUUCUUACAAUGGAGUCGAUGGAUGCUUGAGUUCCACAUUAGAACACCAAGUGGCUUCUCACCACCAGUCCUCAAAUAAAAAUAAGAAAGUAGAGGUGAUUGACCUAACCAUAGACAGUUCAUCUGAUGAAGAGGAGGAAGAGCCAUCGGCCAAGAGAACCUGUCCUUCCCUAUCUCCCACAUCACCGCUAAAUAAUAAAGGCAUAUUGAGUCUUCCACAUCAAGCAUCUCCAGUGUCACGCACCCCAAGCCUACCUGCUGUAGACACAAGCUAUAUUAACACAUCCCUCAUCCAAGACUACAGACAUCCUUUCCACAUGACACCCAUGCCUUAUGACUUACAAGGAUUAGAUUUCUUUCCUUUCUUAUCAGGAGACAAUCAGCAUUAUAACACCUCCCUCCUUGCUGCUGCAGCAGCAGCAGUUUCAGAUGAUCAAGACCUCUUACACUCGUCUCGGUUUUUUCCAUAUACCUCCUCACAGAUGUUUCUCGAUCAGUUAAGUGCAGGAGGCAGUACUUCUCUGCCAACCACCAAUGGAAGCAGUAGUGGCAGUAACAGCAGCCUGGUAUCCUCCAACAGCUUAAGGGAGAGCCAUAGCCACACCGUUGCAAACAGGAGCAGCACAGACACGGCAUCCAUCUUCGGCAUCAUACCAGACAUUAUUUCAUUGGACUGAUUCUCUUGCCCCUGCUGCUCCCAUCCCCAUCACAGAUUAAAUGAACUUGGCAGAAAGAAGAGAACUUUGUGCUAUGUUUUACCUUAUUCUGUUUAGAAAAGUACACAAGCGUGUUUUUUUUCCUUUUUUUAGGGAAAAAAUUAAAAGAAAUGUACAGAGAACAAAACUAUAUUUUCAGUUUUACUUUUGUAUAUAAAUCUAAGACUGCCUGUCUGAUAAAACACUUGUUUAAAAAAAGAAAAAAAAAAGGAAAGAAAAGAAAAAAAGAAAAAAAAAACAAGUACCCACAAACCACCUUCGGUUCAUUUUUUCUGGAUUCUGAAGAUUUUUUUCAUCAUUUGUCCUAUGGUUUUGGUUUUAUUUUACUUCAAUGGCAUUAUUUUAUUUGCAAUAACAGAAAAGGAAUUGCAUGUAUGAAGUUUUAAAUUGUGGGCUUUUCUUUGUUAUGGGGGGGGGCUGGGGGGGAUAGUUUUAAUUUCUAUUUUCUAGAAAUGACAGACUUGGAUUCUGUUUGUGUGUAUGCAUAUUUUAUCCAGCCUUAAGUUAUGAAACUCAUCUGUCCCACUGCAUUCCCUAUGUAUUUUCAGGACAUAGCUUGUGGGUGUGUGUGUUCAAUGUGUGUGUCUGUGUGUAUUUUUCUGUCAUUACUGUUCCUUCUCCCGAAUUUGCAUUCGUUGAUAAAUCAGUUGCCUGCUUCUUUCAAAGUGCUUUGAAGGUUUUGAACUCACAUAUGAGCAUUUUUAUUGACUAUCCCAAUUGCAUGUUCUCCAUCACAUAUUCUCUUUAUUUGCUAGAUACCCCCUGAGAAUAUGUUUCAGAGAUUGGAGUAAAGCCGUCUGGGUAAGGAGUAGGUUUAGCCGACCUGUGAAUAAUACACUUUAGUCUAGUUCUUUAUUCUAAAUUUGGAUUGCCAGUAUUAUGUAUUUAAACCAAGUCUGUGAACACCUGCUUUUUUUGGCCACAGAGUAACAAGUUUUCAUGUAGGAUCUUCAUACCAAAGUAGGAAGUAAAAAUAGCUUAGAAAACCUGUUGGGUGUCCUGUGCAGCUAACAGAGGUAAGGCUAAAUCACCUCAAAAAAGAAAGUCAGUUAUCCUGAAAGUAAAUUCUCUUCAGAAAAUACAAUGCACCAUACAUGUCAAUCUGUAGAAAUCUAUCCAUCUGAUAAACAGUUGAAAUUCAAAAUGAGCUUGAUCCUUAGUCGUAUUUACUCUCUGGUUCCAAGUGUACUUAUUUUUUUAGCCUAGUUAUCUUGUUUGGUUUUUUUUUUUUUUUCUCCUUCACCUUUUAAAGACAAGCAUGACAUAGGAAAGUCAAAUUUUUUUAAGAAUUCAUGGAUCUGUCUGAUCUGUUAUUAAUAAUGGAACAUGUAAAUAUGUUGAAACUGUUUUUCAGGAGAUGAGUGAGGGUUGGAGGGAAGGAAAACGUGGUUUUACUUGUGUUCCAAAAUCCUCUCCAAAGAAGAUGACAUUCUUCAGGUAAUAGCUGAAGGUGUUGAAAAUACUUUUUAGCUGAUUGGUUUAGCAGGUUUAACAGAAAAGGUAAAGAAGGGGCAUAAUGAUUACCACUUUUCCAGAUUGGAUUUUUUUAUAUCACAACUGUCAAUGUUCUCAGAGUUGAUGAAGGACCACCUUUGUGUAUAAAAUUGUCAUUUUAAACCUUGCAGUGGUAACAGAUUGACCUACUACUUUAAUCCAGUUAGAAUUCAUGAUGGCUAUAUCUUCAAUUGUAUGAUAAAAUGAAUGGUUCACAUGACUGUGUGGCAUCUAAAAAUACCUAUUUUUACAGCAUCACUCUGCCACUAAAUUGUUGACUUGAAUUUUGAAAAACAAGUUGGUAUUGAUAUGUAUAUGUGUGUGUGUAUAUAUGUAUUUAUAGACAUGUGCGAGUGACAAGUGAGUUAUAUAGUCUUCCCCUACGCAUGUGUAUUUCACACAUACAUGGCUGAGUUAUAGUCACUAAACAAUUUGCAAUAAAAAAAAGUUCUUUGUCAGUUAAAACAGGAAAUAGUUAAGUUUUUAAUGAAUCUGGUGUUAUGGUGAGUAAACACUUUAGAGUUCUCAUUACCAUCUUAACUUAGGCUAAUAUCUAAUAGUAUUAUAAUUUGUGUCUAAAUUCAGAUUGGGGUAGAAAUUGAAUUGUGGGGAGUUGCUUCUUACUUCACGUUGUAAUAGGAAAUGUUUCUAUUAAUUCAGCUACCUAAGAUAAAAUGAAUAGUUUUGUUUUUUUUCUUUUCUUUUUUAUGUCAUUGUUAGCUCAAAAUUCUGAUCAAUAACUCUGUGUAUGAUGCUGAAUUACAAACUCUUUGAAUGAUCCAGUUGAAAACCCAUCCCUCUACUUUCUUCAGCCCAGUUUUGGAGAGGGUUAUUUUCCCUCAGUGUCCUGUGUUACACCAACCCAAGGGAAGAACAGGUAACAGGGAGAAAUAAAUGUCUGUCUAGUGGCUUUGGUCAUGUCUCCACAAGAGAAACUAACCAUUCAGUUGUCUUUUUAUUUUAGUUCAUUCCACUCUAAGGAGUUUGUUCCCUUCAGUUGUUAAGACUUUGCAGCAGCAGCAGCAGCAGCAGCAAUAGUAGUAGUAGUUAUCACUCUGUUGGUCUCACAGCCGAUAUGUCAAUGGAAAUUUUAUGCUCCAUAGUAAUUAUUAGUGGAGUCAUGCACUGCAUCUUUAUCUUCUAAGCUAAAAAAAAAAAAAAAUUACGUAGUCAUUUCUUCUUUUCCUUAGCCCACCAUCACUCCCACAUCCAUGCUAAUAACACUGACAUGCUGUCUGUGGACAAAUAAUUCUCAGAAUCUUUAGUCAAGUUGCCACCACCCCCCUUGCUUUGGUCAUUCAUAAUAGGUGUGCAUAAGUUUGUGUUUCUGUAUAGUACCCUCUGUGUGUGUGUGUGUGUGUGUGUGUGUGUUUAUGUACACACACACACAUCUUUGAUAAAAUAGCUGUUUGACUAGCAGGGUUGAAGUGGCUUUUAAUUAUUUUGUGGGCAUUAUUUGAACACAUCUUUUGAAAACAAUCUGGACCUUAGCCAUGCCACGCUUGGUUGACUAAUUUAUUUUGAGUGUUAAAAAUUUUCUACUUCUUUUAAUUUAGAUUUAUCACAGUUCUCUAUUAUUACUGACUUACUUAGCAAAGAUUCAUUUAAGCUUCUGAAAAAUGUGAUUUCUUGGCAGAUUUUCCUUUGACUCAAAUGUCUGAAACUGAAAAUGUAUCCUGAGUUUUAAUUCCUAAUUGUGGGAAAAAAAACAUUGUUUUUAAACAGUUCCAAUUUUAAACACAUAAAAAACACUUCAAGAUCUUCAGGACUUUAAAGCACAUUUGAAAUUAUUUUAGUAAGAAUUUUGUUUUAUCAAUACAUGUUGAUUUCUGUUUUUUAAUUAAAAGAAAACACAAAGAUUUCAGAAAGAGGGAGGGAGAAUAGCUGGUGGUCCCGGAGUGUGCUGCUGUUAAUUGUUUAAUUAACAAAGGGGAAAAUGUAUAUAAACAGAUAUAAAAGUUACCAUAAAUUCCAUGAACUUAAAAUCUGUGAUUCAUUGCCUUAAAACUUUCUCUCUUAGAAUUUCCAUACCGCAUGCCAAACCAGUAAAAUGGCUUUUAAAAAUGUAUAGUAGACCAAUGUCAGUUUGUAUAAAAGUACCAAGUGAAAAUAUUUAUUACAUGCAUUGGAAAAAAAAUUGUUUACCUAUUGAAUGUUACCUGUUUAUGUAGAGCUCUUUAGAUGUAAUAAAAGAAAACCCUUCAGUUAA